GUGGAAAGUGUGUCCAUGUGUGGGAGAAGCGACACCCAGGGAGCCACAAUAAGUUCUGUGUUCUCUCUCUCUCUCUCUCUCUCUCCAAAGCUCUACAAAAGGUUUAAUCUCCCGGGGACUCCACCAGAAUCCAUGGGGCGGGGAAGAGACUGGAACGUGGACCUCAUUCCGAAAUUCCUGAUGGCUAACGGUCAGUUGGUGAAGAUGCUGCUCUACACAGAAGUGACUCGUUACUUGGACUUCAAGGUGAUCGAGGGCAGCUUCGUCUACAAGGGGGGGAAGAUCUACAAAGUCCCCUCCACCGAGGCAGAAGCUCUGGCGUCCAGCUUAAUGGGGCUGUUUGAGAAGCGCCGGUUCCGGAAGUUCCUGGUGUACGUGGCCAACUUUGACGAGAACGACCCCAAGACCUUCGAGGGCGUCGACCCCAAGAAAACCACCAUGAGGGACGUCUACAAGAAGUUCGACCUGGGCCAGGACGUCAUCGACUUCACCGGCCACGCCCUCGCGCUCUACAGGACUGACGAGUGAGUGAGCCCGGCGGCGGAG